CCAAAUUUCAAAAAAAAUAUAUUAAUUUCCAGACCCUUCUCGUCCACGCUGCCGCCGCGUGCUCUUAGUGUAGAAGAGACAAAGAGUAUUUAUAGACCCUAACAAAUCACACGGCUCUGUCACUCUUCUCUCUCUAUCAAACCCUCACCAAAACGAGAAUCACAAUCCAAACAUGGAGGAUUCAACACUGAGAGAAGAGUUUGAUGAUAGCAGCGGCGACUUGGCCGUCGAGAAAUCUCCACCUCCGACGCUUCCUGACACUUCCGGAGAUCUGGAUGAAGAUAUCUUAGCUUGGCUUUCAAUGGACGAUGAAACUGUAGAUGAGCUCAUGAAGUUUCUUGAUACUGACUCUGAUGGAGCUUCUUCUAGUUUUACUAACACUACUAAGGUUAAGUUUAUUGAGAAUCCAUAUUCUUCGCCUUUGAUUGUUCAGUCUUCUUCUUCUUAUAUCACAAUCAACGGCAACGAAGAGAGCUGUGGCUCUUCAUUUUCGGACUGGGAGUCGUCGGUCAUGGUUAGCGUAGACAUGGGUGGGAUUGUUAAUGCUACCAAGUCUUGUGGCAUUGAUGGGUUUUGCGAUUUGUUUCAAGUGGAGAAUGAAGGCGCGUGGGGUUCUAAUGAGGCGCGUGAGUUGCUGAAGGCGGAGGGCGGCGGCGUUGGUGACGUAUCGAUGGAAGGGUAUGGUUGACGGUGGUAGUAUAGCGAGAUUUCUAGAAGGGUUUUUUGACCAUUGAGUAAACGUGAAAAGCAUGGGGGUUUGGGGUUUAAUCGAUUAUUUUAUUUAAGGAUUUUGGGGUGGUGGGUUAGGUCAGAUAUGGACAAAUGUGAAAUUAUUAGUAAUACAAAAGGAAUAGUACAAUUUUAAUACACAAAACGAUGUAGUUUUAAAAUAGAGGAAGGUAGAAGCAUGCAGCUGCCUUUUUUUUUUUUUUUUUUUUUUG